CCGGUGAACAGCCUUAGUUGGUGGAUAAAGCAGCGGAAGUCAUGCAAGCAUACAGGAAAAGCGAAUGGGACACUCACUGACACGGUCCGGAAAAAGACAGAGACACACGCUGAGACUCGCGAUCGUCAACACAUUCGGUUGGAAGGACAGACACUGAAGGAAGGCACGGUAGCCACCUCACGCUUCCCCCCUCUCUAUAAAGCCACACGCACGCCACGCACGCAUAGAAGUGUGUCGGUGCAGUGCAUGCGAGUGUGCUGCAGUGCACUCACUGCACCCCACCCAGCCUACCCCUGUACAAACAAAUACUCGCGACUGUCACGUCACACGUGCCCUGCGAUUCCCUGACUACCCGUGUGCUGCCAUCGCAUCGGAUCGCAUCGCAUGCCAUCGACUGAUGGACCGACCCGACCCACAUUGUGUGUGUGUGUGUGUGCGCCCCCUCCCUCCCUCCCUACUCAUAAAGCCAUUACAUCGGGUGUGGUGUGGGUGGUGAGUGAGUGGACGGUGCCGCCACCAAAAAUGGGGGCGCACCGAUCUGUAUCAUGUAGGUGAGGUGGGGAUGGAAAGGAUGGACUGGGUGCCGUGCAGCCCUGGCGAGUGAGUGUAGUGGACGGACGCGUGAAUGAAUUUGUGAAUGAAUCAUGCAUGUACCAUGAACGUCGAACCUGCUCUAAAACACAGUCUAGUGUGAAGCUUCCCCUCGGGCCUAAUCCUUCCUUACCAGGUGGAGGAUCAGCCCAGUUCGUUCGACACAGCUCUCGCCACCCCCACACCCCGAGAGCGCCCCAAAACCGAUGGUCGAAUGAGCCACUACUGUAUGCAUUGCAUGGCUGGCAUGUGGAAAAAAGGCGUGGUGAAUAAAACGCACCAAACACGCAGGCACGUCACAGUCACACAGCCGCCCACCCCACCCGGACACACUGCCACAUCAGACCGACCCCCAAAAAACCACUGAAUGAAUGAAUGAAUGAAUGGAUCGGCAUGGCGUGCCUACGCAUGCACGCCAUGCCCUUCCUUCCUACACCCCCACUAGCCACAACAAAUCAGUCAAUCGAGAGAGAAAGGGAUGGCAGGCAAGGCUCGGCGCCUUCACACACUCACGCAGUCCCAUGACCCAUCUAUAAAUUACUCCCCGUGUGGCCAUCCACACGAAUCGGCCUGUCCGCCGACUGUUCCGCCAGUCUCCGUGGCAGUGUGCCGGGAGUGGGUGGCGGUGGGACUGGGACAAGAGAAGGCGGCCCCACAGGUCGGUAUGACCGCGACGCCGGGUACUCGCCGUUGAUCACCUCUUGAGCCGUGUCGUCGCCCUCUGCCGGCACCGGCUCUGGAUGAACGAACAGCAGCACCAGCGGCAGAUAGAUAGAUAGAUGUGUACCAGUAGAGGCAGGCAGAGAGGCAUCUUGUGUGGUGUGGUGUGGUGUGCAUUGCAUACCUGUGCACUUGAGUGAAGCUCCCUGUACGUCGGUGAAGCACAGGAAGGCGGCGCCGUCGAGGUCGAGGCCCUCCUUGCAGUCCGUGAUGGCCGUCUCGUUGCCCUGGCAGUCGGGACGAGACACUACCGUGCGGUUGCCCAGGUACAGAGCGUAGAUGUUGAUUGCCUUGCCGAACCCUGCGGACACAUACACAUACACAUACACAUACACACACGUGUUGAUGCAGGAUGGUUGCGGAGGGGGUGCGCUCGGGGUCAUCCCUCAUCCAUCCAUACGCACCCAGUUGGCUGCAGAUGACAUUGGCUUCGGCGGCAGCGAAUGUUCCGUCGCCACACACCGCUCCCCAGUCCUCCAGCUCCUCGUGGUAGAUGAGGAUCUGACCCUCAAAGGGCGACGCACCAGCGUGCAAGCGGACCUCGCCAUGCUCUGACACAUACACACAGAGAUGAUUGAUAUCCUCGGCUGCUCAUGCGCCUUUCUCCAGCGUGUCGUGUGCGCGUACUGGGCUUCGGUUUGCAGGACGGCGCAUAAUAAGACAGCUGGCCCGUCCGCAGACACUGCCGAGUGGCCAUGUCGUGCGGCCACAGCUCCUCGCCCUCAUCGCACAGGCCCUCAUAGGUCACCACAUCGCCCUCCUCCAUCGCCACCAGGCUCGUCCGCGCGGCCGCGUCGUCCGAUACCGCGAUCUUGCCGAUCUCGGGCACUGAGCCGGAGGUGGUGUUGGUGCUGUUGAGGACCUCCUGCCUGGCUUGAAUGGAGGUCUGCGUGACGUUGACUUCGCACGUGCACGCCGGGCACGAGCCGCCGCAAUCGAUGCCGAACUCGUCGCCGUUGAGCCUGCCGUCGUUGCACGACACUGAGGGAACAGCGACCGACCAGAAGUCACAUUUUUUCGUGGGAUUUGGCGGUUGUGGAUAUAUAGGAGUGAGUACCUGUAGAGUUGAAUGUGACCUCCUUCUGAGGCGCAAGGAGCUCCAUGCCCACGGUGACGAUGUGCCGCCAUGAGCUGCCGUAGGCCUCCCCGCCGAGCGGCGCGCCACUCAUCCCCGCCACCACACCGAUCGGCAGCCCCUCCAGGCCUGGAUCUGCACACAACACCAAUGCCACCAACACACACAUGAAUGAGUGUCUGGUCCAACACACUCACUCACUGAUGGUUUCCCAAUGCUCACCUGCCCCGACGAAGCCCGCCACGCUGGAUGCAUCGAAUCUGGGGUUGAUUUGCGGCUCCAUGUCGCUUGUGGGGCUCCUUGCCACAGGCACGUCGCUGAACGAGCCGUCGAAUGACCUGGCCGUGUUGGUGCCAGGCGGGUCUGAGACGUCCCCUGAUGGGUCGUUGGAGCCGGCGAGUGCAGCGGGGGCCGUUCGCGUGCGGGGCCCGAUGCGGUUGCGAUUGUUGGGGAGGUCGUUGACACGACUCGUGCGGUAGAAAUCCCAGCCCACACCGUACACGAAUCCCUUGCCCAUCGGCUUGAGCCAAUUGGGGGUGAACCCCAGACAACCUGCAGGGCGGGCAACCGACAGCACACACACGCACACACACAGAGCAACAGAUAGAAUGAGUGCAGUGCCGCAGGGGGCUCCUUUCAUUCCCCCCCUCCCUGACUCACCGUAUAGCGGGAUGGCCCCCUCAGGGAGGGACGACUCCGAGACGGACACCGUCACGUCCAGAUCGGGAAGCUCCAUCGGCAGCGACCGCAGCAGCUGGCCCUCACGGUCAUCCGGCGACUGCACACACCACACAGAGACACAUCACACACGAUGUCAGGUCAGGUGAGAGGUGUACUCAGUGACGGCGUCGAUGGGAUGGCGCUUACCGAGUUGCGUACGAUGCUCUGCAGCUCAGUGGUGCGGUUGAAGCCGGCGCAGAAGAUCAUGUCGACGGCCAGACUCGGCACGGGAAUGGCAAUCGUCCAGUUGAAGAGGUAGUUGACCAGUGUCGCCAUCUCCGUCUGCACCACUAAGGCCCCGCCAGAUUCGACAAACCGCGAGAAGGCCUGGACAUCUGACUCGUCCAGCUCCAGGAAGAGCUGCCGCCGCACCACGGGGGUCGGCACCCAGACGAAGGACUUGUUCUGGAAGAGGGCGCCGAGGGAGCCCGGCCUGAAGUCGUAGAUGAGGUCCAGUUCGAUGUCUAGAGAGAGGAGGAAGUUGCGGACGGCCAUGGCGCUGGGGAUGUACACCAUGGACUGGUCGAACAGCAACACGCCCUUCCGCUGAGGCGCACCUGCACACACACGCACACAGGGGCCCGUUGACAGCCGCCGACCUGAGGGAAUUGCCGGUGUUGUGUUACCUCGAGUGGUUGUCACAGUGUGGUCCCAGGGUGGUGGCGCCUCGGGCACGACUGGAUCCCCAUCUCGCGUUAGCAAGGGAGCCCCUUCCUUGGACUUGCCCGUGCACACCAGCCACGUGUCGGCAUUGUCGCGGCAUCCCUUCUGCAGCGUCCACCGGAUGUUGGUGCACUCGGGCAGCCACCGCUCGCUGCCGCGGCAGUCGCACUGGUCGAUCCAUAUGGUGUCCUGGUCCUUGAAGGUGUUGGGGUCGACUGUGCCGCGGUAGAACUCCACCGCCACGCCCAUCCCCAGCGAUCGGCAGGCCACGUCGCCGAUGAAGACGUCGAAUGACGCGCCGCAGAAGGGCCGCCACUCGCCGUAGACGUACACCUGCACCAGGCCUUGGUUGGGCUCAGGCGACCCCACCAGCCGAAUCACACCGUCAACUGCAGCCAGGUGGAGGUGGACGGACACAAACAAAGAGACGCGCAGUCAUUAAUGAUGACAACACAACCAGGCGCUGCAUUCGCCUUUGCGCCGUGAUGGUGUGUGUCACUUACCAGGUGCGUUGAUGCACGCGGGAAAUCCGGAACCAUCUUCCCCCAGUAUGAGAGUCUCUGGGCACUGGCACUCGAAUGUCCCCGGAGUGUUAUUGCAGAUGGCCCCUUCUGGGCAGGGCAUCCUGGGCGGCAUGGCGCCCUCAGGGUCAGCCAGGAAGGCCUCCCACUGCCGCUCAGCCUCCAGGCACUCGUCCACGUCCUGACACGUGCCGUUGACGAGCGUGUACCCCGGGUGGCACCUGCAGUCGGCCGUCCCGUCCUCCUGGUUGAGGCAGAUCGGGCACUCGUCGCGUGUGGCGUUGACGGAGGCGCACGCGUCUUCCUCGGAGCAGAAGAUGUCCAGGCGCAGGUCGGUGGCCUGUCUCUCCUUGUAGUAGGUCCAUGCCCCCGAUGUGGGCCGGUUGCCGAGGGUGUCCUGGCUCGCCACGUGGCCAUCUACCGCUAUGCGGUUCCUGUCGAAUAUCCUGCAGCCAUGCCAUGUGUGGUGGGGAGGGGGGAAACAACACAUCCGAUGACUUGGCUGUCCUUCUGUGUGUGGGUGAGGAUUAUGUUCCCACCAUUUCUUGUAUUGCGGCGAGAAGUAAAGGUAGAAGCUGCCGCGUGUGUAUCGUGGCCACACUGCGUCGAUGUCCUCCACCUCCCACACACCGUUGGGCUGCUCCGCGAUGGGCGUAUCGGGGUGGGACGCGAACCCGUACACAUUCAAAUACUGGAUGAUGAAUGAGGCAUAAACAAAACACACAGCAGAGCAGAUGAUGAUGAUGAUGGGUGAUCGAGUCGACCGAAUUCUGUGCCCGCAUCUCCCACCUCACCGGGCAUCCGAGGCAUCCCCCCUCCCUCAGCUGUACGUCGUCGAUGGCCAUGGCCUCCACGGCAGCACCCACAGCCUUUCUCUGCGCCUCGAAGUAGAUGAGGAAGUCGCUCGAUGCGAUGAACCGUGUGCGGGCGUUCUGCCAGUUCUCUGAGCCGCCCUUGGGGACAUCGCUGCCGAGCAGCUCCCACAGCUUGUCGGUGCGGUCGUUCUCGAACUUGUAAACCACCAGGUUGCCGAGGUCGUUGCCCUUGACGUAGAAGUAGAACUCGAGGCAGAACUUGGUGCCGGCCUCGCGGACAAUGACGGGUGGGGACUGGAUCAUGGCGUUGCCCAGCACGUUGUUCGCCCUGAUAGAUAGAUAACGCACACACACACACGCACACAGAGAGGGAUAAGCCCAUCUCCGUCUCCACGCGAUCUGCUCUCUGUGUCCCCUUCUCCCUCCCUCCCAGCACUUCCUCCUUACCAUGUCCAGAGGUAUGUGUCCCAGACGUAGCCGUUGAUGGCCGUCCCCUCCCCCUCCCCGCCCUGGUGCACUGUCGGCGCAUCCACAGGUGCCGGCCGACCACGCAAUGGGAAGCUCGCCAGGUUGGCGAAGAGCUCCUGCGGCCCCAGCCCCCAGCCAUCAGCGUCCUCGAAGCUGUUGAGGUACCCGCACAGCGUCCCGUCGAACGAGCACGACACGGCAUCGGGGCACGUCCCCUUGUACAGGGCGAUAUCGUCCAGUGCCAUCUCGCCCCAGUCCCGGAGCUGUCGUGCCUCGAAGACCACCUUGAAGGGCUUGGCCCUGGGCGGGAUCUGCAUCCUGGCCACCCGCCACACGCCCGACGCUUUGCCGUCCUCCUUGGAGAAGAUCCACGAGCCGCCCACGGCGGAGGUGCCGUUGGGGGCCGCGACAUCGCGUGGCUCGAGAUCGGCGUCCAUGAUGAAGACGCUGAGGUCGACGAUCUCCGAGCCGAUGGUGAGGGGGGACCGUGCCACCCAGUAGAAGAACUCCAGACAGAGGGGAGCCGUGGUGUCUUCGUGGGCCGGGGAGAUCAGCCGGGCUCGCGCACCGUACGGGUGGAAGAAAGCCGUGUCUGGGGCAUGAUAGAGAGAAGAGACCAAGGAGGGAGGUACAGGGGCAUGCAGGCAGCUUCUCUCUCUCUCUCUCUCUCUCUCUCGGUGUGUGUGUGUGUGUGAAUAUUGUUCCUUACCAAUGUAUGCGAAGUUGCCUGAUGACGACGUGGGCGUGCUGUCGCUCUGGAAGGUCUGUCCGCCGCGAAUCAGCACGCUGCCCGCAGCUGAACCAAGGCAACGCACACGCACCCGCACACGCACACACCACACAUCGACUCUCUCUCUCUCUGUCCUGUUUUGCUAACACACCUUCCAGGGACCAGUUGAAGUCGUCCGUAGCGUCCUGUUGGUAGCCGCAGAAUCCGAACUCGAAAUCACAAGGGACGACGUCACUUGCAAAGUCGUCAUGCUCGUGGGAGAAGCUCUGGCAGCUCAUCUGCACGUUGGGCAGGUCGCUGCGGCGCCCGUCCCACUGUGCCGUCUCCCAGUUGGCCUCGAGUGGCGGGUGCAGCAACCGCCCGGACACAAUGGGGGAGAAGGCCACGGGCACGAGCGAUCGUGAGAAGCCCUGCAGCUGGGGCAGGUACUGGUCGGGGGAGCCAUGGAAGGAGGUGCCGUUGAGGGCGUCGAACGAGAUGACCCAGCGGGACUGAUCGGGCUCGUACGACAGGAUCAGCUUCUUGUUGUUCCAAACCUGCCAGCCAGCCAUAUCACACACACGUGAGUGAGUAAAUGUGAGCUCCUUCCGACCGCUCCUUGUUUCGUUUCGCAGGCCACGCACCUGGUGUCCGUUUCUGAAGCCGUUGGCGACCCAGAAGCGCGAGACAUAUCUGAGCAUGGGCAGGUUGGCCGACCUGAGGUUCCUCACGUGCAGCACCGAGCAGGGCCGGAUGGCGGGUAGGUCUACCGGGCUGACGCCUGUGGCGUUGGUCAGGCUGGUGGCGUUGGCCUCACUGGUGGGGAUGGCAGUGGUGUUGGUGGCGUUGUUGGUGUCCAGCAUGGGGUACUUGCUGCACCAGCCCUCCAGCACCAGGAUGUCGUCGAUGGCCAUGAAGGGCGUGAACUGCUCGCGCAGCUGCACCCAGCGCUCGUUCAAGGUGGCGCGGAAGGCGAAGCGGAAUGGCCCCUUGGGUCUCAGCUGCACCACCACCCGUCGCCACCCCUCCGUGCUGCCCUCACCAACCGUCACCACAUCGGUGGCGUUGCCGUGGUCCAUCACAACGUCGCCCACCGCUGCGUCGGCAAACUGCUUCUCGCGACCCUCUUUGGGCUCGUACACCAUUGCCUGCAUCCGGUAGGCGCCGGCCGUCUGCAGCCACACCCACAUCUCGACGCAGUGGGGGCCGCCGCGGUUGAUGUGGGGCGACACGGCCAGCUCGGGGAUGGGCGCCGUCACGUCCUGCGUCAACUCGGGCACGAAGCUCAGGUCCAGCAACGCAUACCGACCUGCUCGGUCAAACACACACACAGAGACACAUGUGUUUGGUGUGUGUUGUGAGGUGCAUUCAUUCAUUCAUUGCGUGCUUACCGAGUCCGGAUCCCUGUGUGUGAUCCUCCGGGGGCCCCGGUUUGUCCAUCCUGUCCUCCGUGCGCUGCUCCACCUGCCAGUCGAGUGUGAAGUCCUCCUCACUUAGCCAGUCCAGCCCCUCGGUGCUGUUGGUCUGCCGCUGCGACGAGCGCAAAGGGCCCCGCUGCCGGCCCAGCUGGCCCCGCCACGUGGACGGACCGAUGUCCACUCGCAAGGACGACGGCACGGCCCCUGACACGGGGGGCGCCGCCAGUCGUGAGAGCCGUGUGGAGUAGCCGCAGUCUGUGAAGUCGAAGUCGCAUGAGCCGACGGUGCCGCACCAGACGCUGAUGUUUUGUGCUGUGGAGACUGGCCCGAUGAGGGCCGUGAAGUUGGGGACGCCGCCGGCCAGGAAGGUCUGGGCCACAUACGACUGCCACUCGCCCUGGGGGGGCACGACGCCGUGGUGCGCCUCGAUGACGUCUGGGGACCGGAAUACAAGAGGCUGCACACACAUAGAGACACACGCAGCAGACGCGUACGCCAAUCAACGGUGCCGUCCACCACGCUCUCUCCCAUCGCCCACCUGGUUGGGCGCCCACAUCCACCAUGGCGCCUCGGGUAUUGAGAAGUCGCGGCCCACCCGCAUGAGGCCGAAGGGCUCGAUUGGUUUGGACCAGGCAAUGCCCGUGGCAGCGAUGAAUGGCGUGUCUGGGGUGUCCACCCGCUCCCCUGUCCCGUUCACCGACUCGGCCAGGUCGCUCACACGGAGAGUCCAUUCUCCGUUGAGGUCGCUCGUGGCGGCUGGGAAAUUGGCAAAUGACAGCACGGGGCACUCGCUCAGCCCGACGGCGUACUUGAGGGCCCGGUAGGCAUUGACGCGCGCGUUGGUGAUGACAAGGCCCUGGAGGUAGGGCGAGUAGUCGGCUGAGGCGAGAAUGCUGCGCUUCACUUGUGACGGGGUCAGGUGGGGGAGGUAGUCCAUGAGCAGUGCCGCCACUCCGGCCGUCACGGGCGCCGCCAUCGAUGUGCCCGACGCUGUGGCGUAGCCUUGGCCGUGGAGGGGAACUGAGGGCGACAGCGCUUGUGGCACUCUGCCAUAUGUGCUGAGUAUUUCCCACCCGGGGGCCCCCACAUCGACGAUCUGCUUGCCGACAUUGCUGAAGCCCGCCACGCCGUCGCUGGGCACCGUGGCGGCGACGCAUAUGACGUUGUCGAGGAAGAAGCCGCAGGGGUAGUCCUGGACGGACACCAUCCCGUCGGCCGAGCGGCUGUCGUUCUCGGCGUUGUCGUUGCCCGCUGCCGUGAUCAGAAUGUGACCCAUGUCGCCCAGCCGACGGAUGAUCCGUCGGAGCACGGCGUUCAUGAAGUAGGCAGCACGGCGCCACCCGAAGGACGCCGUCGACACCUUGGCACCAUUCUGGACGGCAUAGUCCCACGCUGACAUGACAGGGCAGACACAGACACAGACAGAUGCGAUGCGUGUCUUACGGAGUCUCUCUCGUCCUCCAAUGCAUUCAUUCCAAUGCUCUCCUUUCUCGUCUCUUCUCUAUCUCUCUGUUCUGUGGCCCGGCCCACCGCACCGGCAGCGUAUGCGUCAUCUCUGCCGCCGCCAAGUUCGUCCAUGACCUGGAGGCCCAUGAGCCUUGGCUUCCACAGCACACCAGCCAUACCCUCAGAGUUGUUGGCCACCGCACCCACAAUACCUGAAUUGAAUCAUAAGACACACCACGACACGCCACGUGCAGCCAUAGCAACCAACAGCCAUCACAUCGAUGGACUCGCUGCGUUCGUUGCGUGUGAUGUGAUGUGUGAUGUGUGAUGGUCUGUCUUUCUGCGUCGGUGCGCACCGGCAACGUGGGUGCCGUGGUCGUUGCUUGACAUGGUGUCGUUGUCGUCAUUGAUGAAGUCAUAGCCAAUCAAGUCGUCAAUGUACCCUGUUUGCCCGCACAGCAGACCACAGCAGAUCACAGCAGACAGAAGCAUGAUCCGCCCACCACCCUGUCCCUCUCUAUGAGUGCAGGGCGCUGGGUAAGUCCGUUUCCCUCACCAUUGCCAUCGUUGUCGAUGCCGUCAGGGAUCUGAGAGAACGGACGGAAGAACCACAGAAAGUUAUCAGCAGCGGAUCAGUCUGGACCACACACAUGGCGUGAUUUAUUCUGUCGUCACCGACCUCAUCAGGGUUGUGCCAGAUGUUGUCGAUGAGGUCGGGGUGCAGGUAGUCCAGACCGCUGUCAACGAUGGCCACUAUGAUCCCAUUGUUGCCCUGACACAACACGCCACGCCACGCCACGCCACGCCACGCACAUCCAAUCCAAUCCAAUCCAAUCAGCCCAGUCAUGCGGCGUCAUUUCGUAUAUAUGUGUUGCCCACCCCACCGCCGACCCCACCCACCUUGUGAAUGGCCCAUCCUUCAUAUGCCUGGAUGGCCCUGAGCCACCACAUCCCAUUGGUGCCAAGCAGGGGGUCAUUCGGCACCACACGAUCGACACCCUCACCACCGGCGGCUCCAUCCCCCUGCUGUUGCUCCUGCAGCCGCCUGGCUCUCCUGGCCUCCUCCGUCCCAGCCGCCAUCGCCCCCGCCCCUUGGGACGGCAGCUGGGUCAUCUUGGGCUGCUGGAUGGGCACUGUCCACUCAUCGUUAAACUGGGACGCUUCAACAAAAGGGUGGCUGUCGAGGUGCUCCUUGACAGCCGUCUUGUUGCCCUGCGGCUGGACCGUCACGAUCUCCACAUCAAGUGCUUUGAGGGGUCGGAUGGACUGAAUGCCCAGAGAGGGGUCGAGGGUGAGUGCCCUGCGAUAGUGGGCACGGUCCUCCUCUGAGAGUGUCUCGGGGAAGGUGAACAGCAGCUUGUGGGGGGUGGUGGACGGGGCACCUGAAAUCCACAACACACACAGACACAGGCACACAGGCACACAGAUGAGUCAUCUCCCUGCAACUACAUGGGAGUGCGUGUGAGAGUGUGCGUGCAUCCGCCAGCCUUGUCACUCACCAAGUGCGAUAGACACGAGAAGCAAGACACACAGCAUGACGCCCUUCACACGUCGCGGUGUGCAUGGGUUCGUCAUCGACGCUUUGCCCGUCAGCAGCGGCACACCCUCACAGCUCGCCCCUGCCAUGGCUGGGCUGUUCGUCAUGGAUCCUCUCAGGUCAAGAGGCGCGCCGGGUGCGCGAGGCCAUGCACCGAUCUGUCUUGCUUCCAGAUGUCUUGAGGAGAGAUGAGCAGGUUGGUGGUUCUCGGUGACUUCCUGAUGACUUGCUGAAUGAAACAGCAGAUGUGCGAUACUCCAAUAUGCGAUGGCGCUGAGAAACAAGUGCUGGGACUUCUG